CAGGGAUUCUGAGCAGCCGGUGGCUUUAGAAGAAACUGAAACUUGGUUUGCUGGGGGCGGAGUGGUCACCGGGGAUUUAAAGAGCUGCCACUUCCUUGGGCCCCCAGAGGGCACUGGGAGGUCACAGUGGCAGAGGGACACCCGAACUGAGCCUCUGCCUACCCCCUGCCUAAGCCAUGCACCUCUGUGGGGGCAAUGGGCUACUGACCAGGACGGACCCCGAGGACCAUCAGAGGCUGAAGAAGAAACAGAAGAACCGCGCAGCGGCCCAGCGCAGCCGGCAGAAGCACACGGACAAGGCGGACGCCCUGCACCAGCAGCACGAGACCCUGGAGAAGCACAACCACGUGCUGCGAAAGGAGAUCCAGGCCCUGCAGGCCGAGCUGGUGUGGUGGAGCCGGACCCUGCGCACACACGAGGACAUGUGCCUUGUGGACUCUGCCACCUGCUUGGCUCCAGUGACUCCUGGCGGCUGGGGCCAGACGGAGCGGCCCCCGGACCCCAUGUUCCAUGGACAACAUGGCUGCCAGGAGCCUUUGGGCCUGUUCCAGACCCCAGUCUCCUCUCCCUCGGCUCACCGGCUCUCUCCAGAUCUGCAGCCUCACAGUUCGCCUGGCCUCCCCGUGUCCCCUCUGCCCUCUCUGUCCCUUGGCUCUACCAAGGUCACCGCACCUUCUGCCCAGCCGUCCCCCAGCCCUGUCCAGUCAGCCUCACCCCUUGGCUCCAGCCUUCCAAGGCCUUCCUCUGAGCUCGACACCCUACUGCCCAGCCCCCCAGCCCUAUGCGGCCCUCUACAACCCCUUGUGAUGGAGCACCCCACCAGCGGGAAGCUGGGGUCUUCCCCUGACAACCUCUCAGUGGCUCUGGGGGUGGCCUGCCUGCAGGGUAGCGAACACAAGCCUGCGGUGCUCUCAGCUGCACAUCAGCUCGGGCUGGGGGUGGAUCCCAGCCCCCACCCCCUCUUGGCCUUCCCCCUGCUCUCCUCUGCUCAAGUCCACUUCUAACGCAUCCCUGGGAGCUGAGCUAGCCCCUUUCUUGGGCUGAAGUAGCAGCCUUAGCACACAGGCAUCUCCUCGUCUUCCACUGGAGGUUGCCUUUCUUGGUUGACCAGCUGGCCCACCAUUUCACCAGGAAAAGAACGUCUUCGCUGCUGCCCAGCACUCCGCCGGGCCCUGUGACCGCCAUUAUCUCAUUUCAACUUCAUGGUCAUUCCGCAAAAAUCCAGAUGAUCACUCCACCUUUUUAGAUAAAGAGACAGAGGCCAGAGAAGCCGUGUGACAUGCCCAAGGUCACAAAGUCUUUUUCUGGGACCUGAAACACCACCAUCUGCUCUUCCUUCUCCUGGUGGGAUCCUCAUCCGGGCACCCUAGGAGCUAAAGUCCUAGAAACUGGGGGCUGGUAUGAGGAGGUUUACGUGCUGGGAGCAGGGAGGAGCUUUUUCUUCUGGUUUUCGAUUCCCAGAGCCAUGGACAGUUCCUGAAACCCCGCCCUAGCUGGGGCUAGUCCAGAGUCCAAGCCUGCAUGGGGAGAGGCCAGGCAGGGGCCCAGAAGGCCCGGAAGUGGACUCUUUCUCCCCUAGCAGUGUUUUCAGUGCCAAGGAACUGAACCUGUAGUCUGGAGCUGGGGAGAAGCCUGGAACAGUCCCCCUCCACCCGCAGGGAUUUCUGCAGGAGGGGCACCCAUAGCCAUACCAAGACCUGUGGAAGAUUCUCCGAGGUCAGCUCUCCAGGCUAUUCCCCAAUAGCUCCCUGCCUCUCCCAGGCACUAUCAGCUCAGCGGCAGUAUCGCCGGGAUGGGGUCAUGGGGAGGGGUUCUCACUCAGACUCAAGACAAGCUCAGUAACGAGCCUGAGAGGAGAAACCCCAAAUCUUCCCCCAGAUUUUCACACACAUGUAAACAGACUACUAUGCUGGUAUUUGACACACUCCAGGACACUGAGCGCAAGUCUCGGCACACAUGCUAUGGUAAAUAAAUUAAAGUGUUUUCCAAUUCUUUUUGCCUUU